CUCUUGCCUAAGCCACAUUUACACCUUCAGUCACUGAAGACCUGUAAGAAGAACAUUCUUUUGUUUUUCUUAAUAAAUCUGAGUGGGCAUGUAUGGUUUGUUUAAAUUUUAAACAUGUCUUGGAAAUCUUUUAUAAUUGUAUUUUUGUUGGUGACCUCAGGAGAAGCAAGGAAGACAUUUCUCAGUUUUCUGAACAUACAAAAUACAGAUAUACUGUCGUUUACAAAAACAGAAGAAACUGUCAUUGUAAGGUCCAGCUAUAAAGAUAAAUGGCCUAACUCCAGCUACCUCUCUGUGAAGUCAGAAGACCCUAAAGUGCUGAAGGUGGUGAAUGUGACCAAGACCUCACUGGGCAUCACAGACUUUGCCAUCAAACUCAUGACCUUCCCAGGAGAGACGAAUCUGACCAUGCAGCUCUGGCAUUCUGAAGAUUUUGGGACUGCCGAAGGCACAAGCGUUUGGAUUUGUGAUGACCUGCACAUGCCCAGGAGGAGGACAAGAGGGAUGCCAAGGGUGGUGCCUUAGCCAGCACUCAGGAAGCUCAGG